GCGCGCUCCUCCCCGCGAGCACUCAGGCAAAGUGUAAAAAUGGCGUCCAUCAUGGAGGGGCCGCUGAGCAAAUGGACUAACGUCAUGAAGGGGUGGCAGUACCGCUGGUUUGUACUGGACUAUAACGCCGGGUUGCUGUCAUACUACACUUCCAAGGACAAGAUGAUGCGUGGCUCUAGAAGAGGCUGUGUGCGACUUCGGGGAGCUGUGAUUGGAAUCGAUGACGAGGACGACAGCACUUUCACCAUUACCGUGGACCAGAAGACUUUCCAUUUUCAGGCCCGUGACGCAGAUGAGCGGGAGAAGUGGAUUCAUGCCUUAGAGGGGACGAUUCUUCGCCACACCCUUCAGCGGGUAAGAGCCAUAUCAAGGCCUCAUGUACUACAGGAGGCAGAAACAGGAUUCGUUCCCAGCGUUCAGGAAUUCGACAAGAAGCUAGCUGAAGCUGAUGCGUAUUUGCAGAUUUUGAUCGACCAGUUAAAACUCUUCGAUGAAAAGAUUAAAGACUGCAAGGAAGAUGAGUCGCGCAGAAAAAUCGAGAACCUGAAGGACACGACUUGUAGUAUGGUAGAGUCCAUCAAACACUGUAUCGUACUACUACAGAUUGCCAAGGAUCAAAGUAACGAACAGCAACACACAAACGGACUGAUAAGCACCAUAAACCCAGUGGAUGGGGUAUUCCAGCCUGCCCCUCUUAACACGUCUGUAGUCAGUGCCAUGCCAACACAGACCACUCUGCCCACAGAUGGAGCUCAGGUGUGUAAAACUGAACAGAGGCCUUCUUCAUUACCCAUGGGCCCUGUUGUCACGGUGAUGGGCAGCCUUCAGACCCCCACUCCCAACAGCACAGGGAGUGGUCCUUCAGCUCCCAGCAGCAGCGUGACUUCGCCCAGUCACAUGAACAUACCACCCCACAGUGUCCCUGACUUCUCCUAUUCCAGCAGUGAAGAUGAGUUUUACGACGCAGAUGAGUUUUAUCAUAGCAGCACCUCACCAAAACACUGCAUAGAUCCGAAGAGAUCCGCUGCUGUGAACAGUGACGAUAGCACAGCCCUAAAACGGCCAGACACCAACGAAUCAAUCAACUCCUCCAUGUCGAACGGCACCACUGAUGCAGAUCAGUUUGACAGUCAUGAUGAGAAAGAUGAUGAUGGCGAGGGUGAAUCUGUGGAAGAACACACAAGUGUCAUCAUGCAUCUGCUAUCUCAAGUGCGACUGGGCAUGGAUCUCACCAAGGUUGUCUUGCCGACAUUUAUCUUGGAGCGGAGGUCGUUGCUGGAAAUGUAUGCAGAUUUCUUUGCUCACCCGGAUUUGUUUGUAAGUAUUGCGGAGCAGCAGGAUCCAAGGGACCGCAUGGUGCAGGUGGUAAAGUGGUACCUCUCAGCCUUUCACGCUGGUCGGAAAGGAUCUGUGGCCAAGAAGCCCUACAACCCCAUUCUGGGUGAGGUGUUCUUCUGUCACUGGGACCUGCCCGAAACAGAGGAUCCUGCUCCUUCUGUGAGUGAGUCUGUAUCUGAUGGGCCAUUGCCGUGGAGUAGCAAAAACAGUGUGUCAUUUGUGGCAGAGCAGGUUUCUCACCACCCUCCUAUAUCUGCGUUUUAUGCUGAGUGUUUCAGCAAGAAAAUCCAGUUCAACGCCCACAUCUGGACCAAAUCGAAGUUCCUUGGAAUGUCUAUUGGUGUUCAUAAUAUUGGUCAAGGUUGUGUGUCUUGUCUUGAAUAUGAUGAGCACUAUAUUCUUACUUUUCCCAAUGGCUACGGGAGGUCAAUCCUCACUGUUCCAUGGGUUGAGCUGGGUGGAGAGUGCAAUAUUUCCUGUUCCAAAUCUGGCUACAGUGCCAAUAUAGUUUUCCACACCAAACCGUUCUAUGGAGGAAAGAAGCACAGGAUAACUGCUGAGAUAUUUGCUCCCAGUGAUAAGAAGUCAUUCUGCUCCAUAGAGGGAGAGUGGAAUGGUGUGAUGUAUGCAAAGUGGGCUACAGGGGAAAAUGCACUAUUUAUUGACACAAAGAAAAUUGGCAUUGUUAAGAAGAAGGUGCGGAAAUUGGAGGACCAGUUGGAGUAUGAAUCCAGAAGUUUGUGGAAGGACGUGACAACGAACCUGAAACUGAAGGACAUUGAUGCUGCGACGGAAGCCAAACACAGGCUGGAGGAGAAACAGAGAGCGGAGGCCAGAGAAAGGAAGGAGAAGGAAAUGCAAUGGGAGACAAGAGUGAGUGUGCUUAAGUACACACAUAUGUGAAGGGGAAAUGUGCUGUGAGAAAUAAUGACAUUGAAAUAUGACUCUGAUAAAUGGUCCUUAAUUGGUUCCUGUUGCUUUUAAGCAGCAU